UAUCUCAAUGCAGAAUAUCAGAUAAAGUGAUCCUUUUGUGUGUGUUUUAGCAGUGAUGUCUUAUCGUUUGUCUAUAUUUCUAGAAUACCUUCCAAUUUUGUAUUUGAUAGUGUGUUUAUUUGUCUGCCAAGCCAAGUUCAAGGACAACCUCGGUGGCAAUUGAUUUCAAUUGUUAUCAUAAGAAAAAACUAUACAAAACAAAUAAAAACCAAACAGAUCUUCCGGUCCGCCUUUAACUGUCUUUACCAAUUGCCGCCGCGCAUACGAUAAAGCCAAAGCUAAAGCCUGUAGCCGAGCAUCAUCAUAACCAUAAUGAUUUUUGCCGCUCGCGUUGUGUCUAAAGCCAAGAUGCAUAGUGCAUCUGGGAUUCGAAUUCGACUAAGAUCACCCUGAUAAAGAUAAUAUGCGAUGCGUUUGUCCCGUGUAUCUUAAAAGUUUUGUGUCGUCUUGUGCGGCUUUUGUAACGUUCUUAAAAAUACGAGUACUCAUAUAAUACUCUCGGGGGAUUUAUUUACGGGUCGUUCGAGUCAUUGUUCGAUCCGAAAUGAUAUAAAUAAAGACCAACCAACAAACGAAAAAGAAAAUAAUUUAUAGAAAUAAAAGAACAAAACCAACGAUCGAUCUGAUGGGGGUUUUAUAAAAUAAAGUAAAAAACUAUAGAGUUUGAAACUUAAAUUAAGUUAAAUGAUCUUUCAAAUUAGAACUUUUAUCUAUAAGCUACGACGUAAUGGAAAACCUGGGAUAUAAAGAAGGUUCAACCAAGCCAAGACGAAUAGCACGAGCUGUUACUACAGUGACUAAGAAUGAAGCCGAACAACCGUUAUCAGAAAAUAAUUCGAGAUUCAAAACCGUUCCACCAAACUUGAUGGUUCGAUGGCGUAACAAUCCUGAUGCAAUGCUAGAAGCUCAAUAUCCUGCAGCUGGUCAAUUUGAGUAUAUGGAAUGUGGACCAUCACCGCCCGCAGAAAGUGCACCUAGCAUGUAUGAUAGCUUCGAAGAACCAGCUAGUGAGUUGAGUGUACAAAUAUGCAAUGAUACACUUCGUAUAAGUUUAAUUGAUCAAAUGAAGAGCGGUUCUGGUCGAGUACGAUUUUUGGAAGAAAUUGAACAAGGAAACGUUGUAGCGGAAAAUGCUGCCAAACACUUCGAAACCGCAUCUAAGACAGAGAAGAACUUUAGUUUUUUGUGGGCUGCAUUUUUAAAGCGAUGGGAUUUAUUAGAAGCACUACUUGAAGCUGGUGCCGAUUUAAAUUUUUGUGAUAUCAAUGGAAUGUCUGCCUUGCAUUUGGCUGCUUUUAGCGGAUGUCUAUCUUCAUUGAGCUUUCUAAUCGAUAAAGGAUUGAAUUUGAAUCAGCAACAAAAAUGUUAUACUCCGCUGCAUUGUGCUGCAUUUGGUAAUUCAAAAGAAGCUGCUAAGAUGCUUAUUAGCAGUGGAGCUAUCAUGACCAUAGACACCAAUAAACCAAAUUGUGAGGAGUCUUUAUUGCAUUGUUCGGUGCGAGCGAAUGCUCUAGAAUGUCUUAACUUUUUCAUAUCUGAAGGAGCAGAUGUCAAUUCAUUAAAACCAAACGGAACAAACCCUAUACACCUUGCUGCUGAUUUGGGUAAUGCGCAAUGCUUGGAAGCACUAUUGAACGCUCCAAAUGCUGAUCCUAAUGUUCGUAUUUGUAUCCGAGAAAAAGAGUCUACAGCUUUGCAUUUAGCCGCCGAUGAGGGCAAUGUAGAGUGUGUAGACUUGCUUUUGUCAAAAGGUGCUGAUGCAAAGCUUAAAAACCAUAGAGGAUUUACCGCCCUUCAUCUAGCUGCUAGAACAUCAAGUUUAGAAUGUGUUGAGUCACUUUUACGCAAUGGAAAUGCUGAUUCGAACGCCGAAGACUUUGACCACCGAACUCCACUCCAUGCCGCUGUUGGAAAGUCAGAGAACGCCUACGACAUUCUAGAGACACUCAUAUCAUGGGGAGCAAAUGUGAACCACAAGGACAUCUAUGGUUUCACAGCAUUACAUUUGGCCGCUUUAGAUGGGCUAGCACAAUGUGUCGAGAUGUUGAUCUUUCAUGGCGCUGAUGUAACUACCAAGUCAAAAAAGGGCACCUCUGCUUUGAACGUUAUAACAAGAAAGACACCGGCAUCUGUGGCUAUGAUUAGGCAAAAACUUGAUGCCGCUAUCACUUUACAUCACUCUCAGGAUCCAGUAAAUCGAGAGGUUGAACUAGAGCUGGACUUUCGACAACUUCUUCAACACUGUCAUCCUAGAGAAAUAAGUUAUUUAAAUACCUUUGUGGAUGAAGGUCAGAAGGAGAUCCUCGAGCAUCCCCUUUGUUCAGCGUUCCUAUACAUUAAGUGGGGCAAGAUUCGCAAGUACUAUAUAGGGCGACUUAUAUUCUGUUUCACUUUCGUUCUAUUCCUAACUCUUUACGUACUGACUGCUUUGGCCCAUAAUUGCUACAAUGGCAGUAAAGAUGACAACACAACCAUUCAAGCUCAGGAACUUUGUCAGAAGCAAUCGAUUCUUGGCGAUAUGCUACGGAACAAUCCAUUUGUUAUGGAAAUGCAGUGGUGGGUUUUAGUAGCCAUUACCAUAGUGGAGAUAUUUCGAAAAGUCUAUGGGAUAACAGGGUAUUCGUCAUUUAAACACUAUGUUAUGCAGGUCGAGAACAUCAUGGAAUGGUUUGUCAUAACAAGUGUCUUCGUUAUUUCGUACAUUUAUACCAAGCAGACGUACACCUUUCAGAAUCACAUAGGUGCUUUUGCUGUGCUGCUCGGUUGGACGAAUCUUAUGCUAAUGAUUGGUCAGCUGCCGGUCUUCGAUGUCUAUGUGGCUAUGUACACCCGAGUGCAAGGAGAAUUUGCAAAGCUCUUUAUGGCUUAUUCAUGCAUGUUAGUUGGGUUCACUAUAAGCUUUUGCGUGAUUUUCCCAUCCUCAUCGUCUUUUGCCAAUCCGUUUAUGGGAUUUAUUUCAGUUCUGGUAAUGAUGAUUGGAGAGCAGGAUCUCUCCCUACUCAUCAACGACCCAGAUGGUAAGGAUCCACCAUUUCUUCUCGAAAUAAGUGCUCAGAUUACGUUUGUCCUAUUCUUGCUUUUCGUUACCAUCAUUCUUAUGAAUUUACUCGUUGGUAUAGCUGUUCAUGAUAUCCAAGGGCUUAAAAAGACAGCCGGGCUUUCGAAACUAGUUCGUCAGACAAAGUUGAUUUCGUAUAUUGAAUCGGCGCUGUUCAAUGGUUAUCUACCAACAUGGUUACGAAAUUUGUUACACUAUACGGCUCUAGUGUCGCCGCAAGCCUAUCGGGUGGUUCUUUGUGUGAAGCCACUGAAUCCCAGUGAGAAACGCUUGCCUCGAGAUAUUUUAAUGAAAGCCUAUGAAGCAGGCAAGCUUAGAAAACAAUUCGGACACACAAUUUCAGCAAAGAAUUCAGCAGCCACGUACUUGUCGUACAAAAACAAAUAUAACAGCAAUGGAAGUCAAUCACCCGAGUACGGCGAUAUUGAAAACUCACCCAAUCUCAAUACUUUGACUGCAAAGAUCGAUGAUAAUGCUGAUAGAAUCGAAUUCUUAACACAAGAGGUUCAAGAACUCAAACAAGUCCUCAUUCAGCAACAUCAACAGGCGAGUAAAGUUAUAGAUAAACUGUUAUUAGUAAUUUCAAAUCAACAAAAAAAUAAUUUAAGAAAAUGAGUUGUGGAAGCAAGAAAUGUUACCAGUAUUAGAAACAAUUAAAAAACUGUUUUUUUUUUCAGACUUUUGUUUUGUGUUUUUGUAAAACAAAA